UCCAGAUAGGGGGAUAAAAGGACGCGGUCUGGCAACCUCCCUCCUGUCAUAUUCUCACCGUGAAGCACGCCUAACGUUGCUUGAAGUUUGAACCGUUUUUACUUCUGCAGAAGCGAAACAUUAAGCUGACCAUGGCAGGAAAGAGAGCGUUAGUGAUCCUGUCUAAAGGUGCAGAAGAGAUGGAAACUGUGAUUCCUGUGGACAUCAUGCGCAGAGCCGGGAUUGCAGUGACGGUUGCGGGUCUGACAGGAAAAGAUCCAGUCCAGUGCAGCAGAAGUGUUGUAAUCUGUCCCGAUGCCAGUCUGGAGGAAGCCAGCAAACAGGGCCCUUAUGAUGUGGUGCUUCUGCCAGGGGGAAUGCCAGGAGCCAAGAAUCUGGCAGAGUCUCCUGCUGUGAAGGAGGUGUUAAAGGACCAAGAUGGCAGAAAAGGCCUGAUUGCAGCCAUCUGUGCAGGUCCGACCGCUCUUCUGGCUCAUGGCAUCGGUUACGGCAGCACAGUCACCACACAUCCUGGCAUGAAGGAGAAGAUGAUGGUUGGAGAUCACUAUAAAUAUUCAGAAGCUCGAGUGCAGAAAGAUGGGCAUUACAUCACCAGCCGUGGGCCAGGAACCAGUUUUGAGUUUGCCCUGAYGAUCGUAGAGGAACUUAUGGGGGCUGAGGUUGCAGCUCAAGUCAAGGCGCCACUCAUGAUGAAAGACUGACUCUAGUGUUCCCUCACCACUCUGGAGAAACUGUGACACCUAAACAUCUGGCUCUCUCUAUUGCACGGCAUUAUUUCUGCAAAUAAAAGGGACAUUAUCGCUGCAUAAUUACCGCAAAUGACUUCCACAUAAAUUUCCUCUGUUUGGUUCGAUGCCUAAAUAGGUUCCUCUUUGUCUUGACAGCUUCCAUUGUGCAGUCAUUAAAAGUGUAGGUGUGAAGGCUCA